CUUCCUGUGAGCAGUGAUGAAUUUAUUGAAGUAAAUAGAGGCUGCCACGGCAGAGUUACUCAGUUCGAUCAAUUUCCGGUUCUCUGAAUUAUUAAUCGUACUAGUACAGUACAAAGUCAUCGGAUGAAGACGGUCCUACUAAAUCACCGAAUUUCUACUUCUGUUGCUCAACUUUCUGAUUCUGAAGACUUCUGUGUUGCUACAUCGGAGAAGGAAAAAUCAAUUCCUACUUAUGUUCAGCUCGAUUCUUCUCAAGUCAUCGAUAAGGUUGAAUCUCCGAAAGUUAACUCAACUUCCGCUGGCGCUGUUAAAGAAAAGGAUGUUUUCUUCGAUUGUGUGAAUUUCUCAUUUAGUGAAACUGCAAAGACAGAUGUUAAGGAUUUCACCAGGAUAAAUCAAAUAAAGAUUGGUGAAUUAAAUUGUUCUGCCCUAAAUUUUCACUUCAACAAGUUUGAGACGAAAUUCAAAAAUCAUGAAUACUUGAAGGAGUUAUUCGACCGAGGUAAGUGUGAUGUUAUAUCCGGAAUUUCUUAUAAGAAAUUGAUGUUUCUGCUCAUAGCUAACUUGGGGUACCAUCCUGAAUUCUCAUCUUUACAUUCAAAGGUUCAUGUAUGUGUUAAUGAUACUGAAAUUCGAGAUAAUAGUAAAAUUUUUGGUAAAAUACUUCUAAUGGUUACUGUAUGUUUUGAGCACAAUUUUUUUUUCAACCACAUACUGCUCAUUGCGAAAUAUUCUUACCAAUGUUUCAAGUCUGCUGAUAAAGUAUUUGAUCGUGGAAAACAAUUUCAACUUGUUAAGGUGUUAUUUUCUUGUGUUAGUGAUGCUGAAAUCUAUUUUGAUACAAAUACUUCUGGUGUGAUUAUUCUUAUUGAAUUGAUUUUCAUGGAUAUGUGCCAUAGACAUCGUGUUUACAAGGUGAUUCCAAGACACGGAAAUCAAUUGAAAUGGUUGUUUAAAAAUUCAAUUAUGGUGGUGUUUAUUAAGACUGGUGACAGAGGUAAUAUGUGGGAAGAGGAAAUUUUGCUCUUGCAGCUGAAGCAUGUCUUAUCUGUCGAUAUGAAAGUUUCAUGCAUUGAAUCAUUAAUGGUUAUUCUUUUUGAGAAGUUAGAACAUCCCUGGGUGCUUCUUCUGUCAGUCACUGCAAUUGUAUCUUUACAGGUUACACAUGUUCCAAGUGUGUCGCAGUUAGUGGACUUUUUGAGAUGGAAAUAUAAAUUGUACUAUACAGGACCAAGGAGUAUUAAAAAUGUGAAUUGGACCAUUUCAGUUAUCAUAUGGCUGAUAGACACUCAAUUCUUACUCAACCUAAUUCAUAUUCUAGACGUGCUAUUGUGGUUGAGUUCUUGAAGUGGAAUUACAAAUUGGUUCCCACUGGGUGGUGGACUGUGAGAAAUGUUAGAUGGACGGAUAAGAGUUUUAUCUCAGUGGCGUACCUUGACAUAAACUGGAAUUCUAAGAGCAUCUGGUUAUGCGGAGCUGAAGUUCGUAAUCAAUUUGCAGCAAAUCUUAGUAGGAGCUAUCUGUUUGUGUCAAGUUUACGGAGUAUGGGAAAUACUAGUUGUGAUAUAUGGCUUUUCAUUGAGUUACCUGAAACAUCGGUCUGUACAAGUUGUAGUCGUUUGCUGUUUGAUAGAGGUAAAAUGCUUAAUAGUGUAGUGAUAAUUUACAAGCACCACAAUUUUGGGUUGCAGGCUCCUCUGUACCUGCCAGGAGAGUGUCAUGGCUCGUCAGAAAAUUUUAUACGGCUGAUGAAAAUUCCAGUCAUGCUCAUUGGGAUUCCAAGGGUGUUGAUGCUGAUGGUCUUCUUGAGAUGGGAAUUGUCUUCAAAGGGUUUAUGGGGUAUUGUUAUAUCUCAUGGAAGGGUUAAUGUUUGUAUUCUGACUGUAACUGUGUGGGGGAUAGCGACAGUGAAAGAGUUCAAGCAACUUGAUAAUGGGUAGUAGGAACUGUUCAGGGAAAGGAAGUAGUGCUGCGAGGAGAAGUACUAAAGGAAUCUACAAAUUCAAUUGUAUCAGUUAGAAAGGAAAGGGUUGAGAUCGAAAUUACACUCCCACUGGAUUAUGUAGUUGCUUGCACAGAAGGAGAAAGAGAGAAAAAUUCUCAUGCUAUAACUAGAAAUGACGAUACACCUCUUAUGCAGAUUUACUAUACAAGAGUACCAAAUAGUCAAGAUUGUGUAGCACGUAUUCUAAAGAAGAGGCCAAUGACAGGUUAUUAUAACAGGGUAAAAUUCUUUGUGACAGGAGUGAGAACAAAUUACUUCCCAGUUAGCCUUUAUAUUCAGGUUGUAGAUCAGUGGGUGGAUGCAGAAAGGGAGUCAUUUAAGCUCAGGCAACUCGCUGAUGGGGUGGUAAGCACUGUACACGUCAAGGUCUUUUUGGUUAAAAUAAAGAUGACAGUUGUGUUACACAGGACAAGGGGAGAGGCUGCAAUCUCAAAUUUAGUUUAUACCGUGGUGCUGGAGCAGCUCAACAUUAGCCAUGUGUUUUAUUCUUUGUCCAUCUAUGAUAGCUAAGGAGACAGUGGAGCAUCUGCAUCAUACCAAUUCAUCUAAAGUUAAAACUGUUUAUGCAAGUGGUACUUCUAUUGAUGCCUACUCUACAGGAAGCUAUGAAUAGGAGAGGGUGGUUCACUUUGGGGAAACGAACACUAAAAAAAUUAACUCCAGUGGAUCAAUUUGAGAGAAUAAUUAUGACUGUGCAACUCACAUGCAGGCUACCUAUGAGCUUGGUAUAGGAACUUUGUGGCCCUCACAUGGGUUUUUAGUGGCGUUGAAGGUAUUGGUUUUCUCAUGUGUGUUGGAGUGUACGGAAACUACCAUCUAUAUCCUCAACAAUGCAUUGAUGAGAAGAGGGCAUGCUAACUCAGUUCUCAUCCUUGAGGAUAAGGAUGUUUUCAAGGGGAGUAGAAUGUCAUAUACCCCGUAUGGUAAGGGAGUGCCCAUAACCUAUAUGUGUCUAUCUUUAGUAGUAGUUGUAGUAUUUAGUAUAGUUAGGAGUGGUAAUUAGUAGUGAGCUGUAUUGGUCGGUUGAGAUAUAAUCACCUGGUGAGUUAGUGACCUUUGGAUGGUAAGGGAAGAAAUGCAUAUGUUUUUAAGGUAGAGUCUGUAAUGAAGAUUGGGAUGGAAUUUGAUGAAUUACUGAAAUAGAAUUUAGUUUAGAU